AUGAGUACCGCAGGGGCGGACCCAGCCGUAGGGGUGGUACCAUCGCCAUCGCCAGCGCCGCUCACGGCUGCCGCGCCUGGUGGUACCAUAGGCUCCCUAGGUACCGUAGGCUCCGCCCCCACAAGCCAACCCGGCCAGCCAGGUCAGCAGAAGCAGCAACCUAAAAGACCCGCCCGACGAUCCGGUAAACCACCGCCAGAUAGACCGCAGAGGGCGCUCUUCUGCCUCUAUCUCAAGAACCCCAUUAGGAAGCUGUGCAUCGACGUUGUGGAAUGGAAGUAUCCUUUUAAAUACAAGUAA